UCAAAGUAACGUUUUAUGUAUUUGAAAUUGCGUGAAUGUGGGCAAUGAAAAUUAAUUUUAUAAGGAAGUAAAUUGAAGUGAGCGUAAUCUGUCUGACCUCACAUGUUCCAAUUACGGUUCGUUUUAGCACCCACGCGAGCGAAUGUAACAGUCAUGUAAUUGGCUUGGAUCAUUACCAAGGAGGACCAAAUCGUGUUCAGUCAAGCAAAGAGGUUGAAAAAACUAUACAUGAUGUCACGAAUCCGUCCACAAUGGCAGUUACAAGCGCUAGCAGCCCAACGCAGAGAUAAUGAGUUGAAGAAGGCUGAGGAAUUACAGAAAGUUGCCGCAUACUUUGAGAACAGCACAAAUAAGUCCAGGCAUCAUGAGCAGUGGACUACGGAGGGAUAUUACGAGAAGGCCAAUAAGGAGGCAGAGCUCCUGAGUCAGAAGAAGAUUAGGAAUGCACAAUUAGAAGAGCGCCGAAAGAAACUUGAGCUGAUGUUGUUUCAAGAGAACAUGCAAUUUCAACAGGAAAUGAAAAACUUAGCGGCGCAGCCAAAAUUGUACAAGAAUGGUUCAUACCUCAACAAGGUCCCAACAUCAACGCUGCAGGAGAUCAACCAGGGUAUCAUGGAGAAGGAGGAACAGUUGCGUCGUCACGAGGCCGAGCUGCGCCUGCACCACGCGUGGAGACUGCGCCAGCCGGAGCUCAGGGCCGCCACCGCCUACGUCGCGAAUGGGAAACUUAAGUCUGCGUGGAUGGAGCAAAUAGUAGAAAAAGAAGUACAAAAAAAGAAAGAAGAAGAAGAGACGCGCAAGACCCUGAAGGAGAGGGAUGAGAUGUUGCGCAAACAGAUUGAGGUUGAAGAGGAGAGGCUGCGGAACAAGGAGCAACAAGUUAGAGAGCUCCGCGAAAGCCUAGAAGGACAAAUCGCAGAAUUGAGCGAGAAAGAAACAGUCGUUAAACGAUUACGGAAACUGGAAGAAAAGGAAAAACUGACACUUGACGAGCUACUGUUCAUAUCGUGCGAGAGAGAGAGGGAGCACGCGCGGCUGGUGGCAGAAAGAGACGCACAUAUCGUGAACAUGGGCCUACAUCAGUAUCGGCUGAAGAGGCGGGUUGUGUCAGUUUUGAAGGAGAUUGAAUUAGAUUUGCAGAUGUUGGAGAAAUUGCGCAGGACUGUUCUGAAGGAGCAAGAAUCCCAACAAGACACGUGCGCCAACCACAAGCGAGUACUAGACACUGCUCUCGCAGAACUAAUAGAGCAUAGAGAACGGGAGCGACAGAGACAGAAGACUAUCGAAGUUAUGUACGACGGGGAAGCCAGGCAGAUUAAUGAGAAACAGGAUAAGCUAUGGGCUAAAGAACGUGAAGCUCGUGCGAUUCUGAUGCACGAUGUGAUCUCGACCUUAAAAAGACAAGUAAAGGAGAAGAUAGAAGCCAACAGACAGCAGCAGAAGGCCAACGUGCUAGAACGGGAGCAGAUCCUGCAGCAGAUGGAGGGCUUCCACGACGAGGUCAGGGCCAGGGAGAGGGAGACUCAGUUGAAGAACUCAGCGUACUCCACAGUCACGGCCCUCCAGUCCCAACUGAACAGUCUAAGACUACAACAGCAGCAGCUAGACGCGACCUGCGCGAGAGAGGCUGAGCUUAGAGAAGAGGCCACCAAUGAGAGAAAACUGCGAUCGGAGAUAGCUAGAGUUCACAGAGAGGGCAGCACUCAGGCCUGGACAUAGAUGGAAAAGGAACCCUAUUACGUUAUGAUCAAGGUUCGUUUUUGGUUUGACUGUUAGAUGGAUUUUGAUGACGUCAAAUGAUAAUGUACCGUAAUUUAAUGCUUUGAGGGUUCAUUUUUAAGUAAUGUUUAUGUAUUAUUGAACCUUAUAACAUUUAUGUAAAGUUCGUUUUAGUUUGGACAGGAUUUGGAUGGCGUCUAAUUAAAAUGUAUGUUAGUAAGUUUUUUUUGAAAGUGGUAUUAGAAAGUCAUUCUUAUUUCCUUUAUAGUUAAAGAUACUGUAAGUAGGUUAUUUGCAAGACCUGUGCCUUAGGUAGCAUUAGAAGCAAACCACUAAGUCCAAAGUUGUAUUUUCAGUUUUAUAUAAUGGUAUCUUGCAGGAAAAGGGGCAGGGUAAGGCUUAGCUGUCGAAACACUACAGUUUUGCUUAGAUGUCGCUAGUAUAGCGGGAGGUCCUUUUAAUUUUAGGAGAUAAAAUAUGCUCUCACUACAUUGCAAUGUAUCUAUUUGCCAAGUACUCUCUAGUGUGGCUUUGAUUAUGUCUUAAGUUAUUAUCCCUUGUUUUAAUUAAGUUAUUUAAUUAAUUUUAAUUUUCAAUGCAUUUAGGACAUAUUAUGCAAUGUAAGGCUAAAUAUGUAUUAUUUAAAUGUAGACUCAGAUACUAUAAGUGUAUCUGCGUAUAUGAGUGAUGUUGCGAUGAAUAGUAUAAUGUGGUGUGUGUUCCUUGCUCACUUUUUUUUAUUAAAACAUAAAAUAUGUAUGCCUUAAAUAUUACUAAAAGACUGAAAAGAUUUAACAUAAGU